AGUAUAAUCCUGCCGAAGGAAAACAAAAUUUCCGUGUGAAUAAUAAUUAAAUAAUUUAUUAAAACUGUAUAAAUUUAUAUUAAUUUUAUGCUCAAGUUGUUCUAGUAAGUCACUUGCCGUAAACGCUCGCUUAAAACAUAGACUGCACACACACAGGAAAUAGUGAAAAUUGUGUAACUAAACACCCUGUGUGCUUUUUCCGCCGUUUUUUCCCCCUCGAAUACUAAGUUUUAAAUUAAAUACGGGCACGAUGGCCAACAAAGACGAUUAUUUGACCACGUAUCGGGAGUUUUUCGAGUAUUUUGAAAAGACGAUCAACCCGAACGAUCAACUACCAGUGAAAUUAGGCAGUUACAAAUUGUUAAACGUCGAAGUUGUCGGGGGCAUUAUCGAUUGGACCACUCAGUAUCUAAGCCAAAAACAAUGCCCUCCCCAUCUGCUCUCCACCUUAAUAAAAAUAAUCAUAGAAGAAAUCCGAAAGGGAUGCAAGAAACAACCACUGAGCUACGGGUUCGUUCUCGGAGACAAUGCAUAUGAACCGUUAAAAUUGAUGCAAGCAGUGAUGGCCAAAACCAACCAAGUGUGCCUCCGUUAUAAAGAUAACAGCAUGCUGUGUUCGUUACCCCCACCCUCGAAUACUUACUUUGUUACUAGCAUAUAUGCGGCAAGGAAUAGACGAAGAAAAAUGGAAGAUAGACAUGUAGCGAUACACGAUUUAAAUACUAUGUUUAGUUUACAGGAAGCCAGUCCGUCCAGUUACUAUGCAAUAUUCGAUGGGCACGCGGGUCACGACGCGGCGGCCUACAGCGCGGCCCAUCUACACCAAUUCUUAGCCGAAAAUAAAUAUUUUGCCAGCAAUCCGGUGCAGGCUUUGUUAGACGCUUUUUGCAAAACCGACGCUUUGUUUUUAGAAAAAUGUAAAGUUGAGAAUUUAAGUGGCGGUUCCACAGCCGUAGUUGCCUUAUUACGCCCUAAAGAGAAAACUUUGUACAUAGCCUGGGUGGGAGACUCGCAAGCCUUAUUAGUUAAUCAAGGGAAAGUUUUACAGUGUGUUAAUCCUCAUAAACCUUCUAGGGAGGAUGAACGCCAAAGAAUAGAAAAAGCCGGCGGUUGCGUGAUGUUAUGGGGCACCUGGAGAGUCAACGGACAACUUGCCGUUUCCAGAGCAAUCGGGGAUGCCGACUAUAAACCCCAUGUCAUAGCCAUUCCGGACGUAAGGGAAAUCACCCUCGACGGCGGCGAGGAUUUCUUAAUUUUAGCCUGCGACGGCUUAUGGGAUUUCUUGAGCGAGGACGCUGCCGCCAAUGAAGUUUACUAUAUGAUCUCUGAUAAUCCAGACGAUACAGAACGCAUUGGAAAACAACUAGUCCAACUAGCACGGUACCAGGGUUCCUCAGAUAACAUCUCGGUUAUAGUGGUGUUCCUUAGGGAUCCGCAUCAGAUCGCAAGCGAGGCCCACCGGUGGGCCCCCAAAACGACCACCACCACCACCACCACAAUGGAGGCGGGGUUGGACAACGCCAACAAUCCGUUCACCAACUCGAACGGCACUUUGAAGAAUUUGGAAGUGGAAACCGAUAAUAUUAAUUUGCAAAAGAGUGCUGAGGGAUUGUUGCUGAAUCUGACUGAUAAUUUUAAAUCUAAUGGUACCGACCAUACGCCAGAACUUUUCGAAAAAUCAAACGGAACCAAAAAAUCCACCUCGGAACUCACUUUAGACGAUGAUUUUGGUCCUGAAACAGACGUGGAUGCUGUGGACGAUGCAUUUUCACCGAUAGAAACCGAUAAAGCGUUUACUGAUAAAGACCACAAAGAGGAUUCUAUCCGAAAAUCCUUUAGUGAGGAGGUAAAAGCGUUCGCAGACGGUUUGGCCAAUAACAACCCAUUUGAGGACCCAUUUAACCCUCUUAUGGACCAAAACAAGGAGUUACACGCGGAAGAACCAAAGGAAGUCGAUUUCGGUGAAACAUUCAAGAGUGAAGAGCGCGAAGACACUCCUAGUCCAGCAGCGGAUAAUGUUAAUGAUGCGGUCGGCCUAGAUACGAACGCCGCCGAGAGUGAUUCAGAAGAAGAAGACGAGUGGAACUACAUUAAAGGGGACCAAACGAAAGUAGAGGGUACAACAUCCUCUCAGCCCGAAACGGUGGAGGAGGCAUCUGAACAAGACGACGGAAUGUCUAACUUAAAUCCCAAUGCUGCCGAAUUCGUUCCUGUUUCACCUACCAGGAGUAUCCCAUCACCUGCUUGUAGGACUUUGAUUAAUGAGGAGGUUAUUUCACAAUCCCCAAAAAGGCCCGCAAAAUUCGACAUAAACCUCCCGGGCGAAACCGAGUUUGAAUCGGAAUUUAAAUCGCGCCCCAGCGACUUUGAUUAUGAAAAUGGACACAAUGAAUCGGACCAUGAUGAACAGGACCGUUCGGUCAACAGCGAUAAAAUUGAAAAUAUCCUAAACGGCAAGAGCUUAGACGAAAUCCCGGAAUUCCAUCCGGGCAGCACACCCUCAAAGGUGCCGCCGCAAGGGGAAGAGUUUCAUUUUGGACCGAAUGCCGCACCAUUUACCCCCAGGGUUUUGGACCAAUCCGAAGCGUUAUCCACAAAAGCAAACUUUGGUGACGAUACCGAGCAGACCCUUAACGCUUCUUUCAACGAUUCUGACCUGAUUGCCCCGAGUAAGGAGCAAAGCGACCCUAUGUCGAUGUCUUUUUAUGCAGAACAAGGGGAAGCCAAUCCGUUUGAGGCCAAGGAGUCUACAAGCGAGGAGGAUCUAAAUAAAGUACACGAUAUCCCGGACAAUCUUGAUGAUUUUCUGCAAGAAACUGCCGAAGCUGAUAAGGAAAACAACAGGCUAUGCGACACCAUAUCAGAUUUACCAGAGCAUUUUCCUUUGGGCACAACUUUAGAUAACGAUCAAGCAGUAAUUCAAACCACCGAUUUAGACAAAAUAUCACAAGACGACGAGAAAGAAUUGGCAUCACCGCUGGAGGAAGAUCUCCUGGUUCCAUCGAACGAUGACGUUUUGAAACAGCCAGAAGUUUCUCUGUUCGAAGACUUCUCUCAAUGCAACGAAAAAGAAAUUGCGGAAGAUUUAAAUAUUCCCGAACUGGAACCAAUUGUUAAGGAGGAAGAAGAAAAAAUUGAGUUUCAACAGCCCGAUUUAAUCUCCCCAAUGAUAAAAGAAGACGAAUUUUCAUGUACACAAGAAGAGGAAGUCGUUAAGCUUUUGGACCAACAGGUUUCAUCCCCGUUGCCUCCUCAAGAGCAGGGCUUGGAAGGAGAUUUAUCUGAGGCAAGCCAUAUUGAGGAAAGACCAGACUCUCAAACUUCUGAUGAUUUUUGUAAAUCACCUGUUUCUGAGGCAAAGGAACCAGAACAGUUGGAGAAAGCCUUCGAAUUAAACUUCGAAAAAGAAGUAGACGAGUAUCAAUUCAAUCCGCCAAAAAGCGAUGAAAUACAUUCCCAAGACGUGUGCCAAUUCAGUCCAAACAGGGAAGUAGAAGAGGAAUCGCACUCGCAAGCCGAUGUGGACGAGUGUAAAUUUAUUCCAAGGAGUGCAGCAGAAGAGUUACAUUCUCAAAUUGAUGCAGAGGAGUGUCAAUUCAAUCCAAAGAGUGCUUUAGAAGACCGUCAGCUUUCAUCAGAAGAUUUACAUCUGCAAAACGACGUGGAAGAAUUCAAUCCAAUAAGCGAAGCGGAAACUUUGGACCUUGAACCGAAAGAAGCCACGCCAAUCGCAUCUCCGGCUUGCGAAUAUUCUGCAGAGGAAUCCUGUAAAUUGGAGCGUCCAGACUCUUCCUCCAUUCCAGAAACCCAUUCUCCCAUCGAUUUGUUACAAGAGCACAAACAAGAAGAAGUGACUUCUUCAGUAAAAGACGACGCCUCCUCAAUCGAACCCUUAUCGCCAGCAAAAUCUCCGGAAUCCUUCGGCGAGGAACAAAUCAAGCCUGAAGAUGACCAGCGUGAAGCCGAAACGAAGCAGGAAGAGGAAAUUCAUCAAGUGGAAGUUCAUCAUUAUGAAAACAAAGUUCAUGAAGAGGAGGGUGUGGCGGAAAGCCACAACGAACAAAUAUGCAUCAAGACUGACACUAUCGCCCCGGAAUUCGCCGAAUCCGCGGUGAUCACCCCGUCGGAAGAAGGUAAAGCCAUUGACGAGCCCUUGGUACCGCUGGCAGUCGAACCCGAAAUAGAAAAAGAACAAUUAUUAGUGAAUAAGGAGGAAGCAACUCCGGAAGUUGUCCAUCAAGCUGAAGAAGUUCCCAAAGUCGAAGAGGUUUCCUCAUUAGUUGAGGAGGUAGCCAAACCGGUCGAAGAAAUUCCCAAAUCAGUUCAAGAAGUUGUUCCGAAAGAGGAGGAAGUAAAAUUGGUGGAGGCGCCUAAAGAGGAGCAACCGCAAGCUCCGACGAGUUUGCCGAUUGUUCCUGCGAGUCCUUUGGAGGUUAAAACCGAUUCGAAAAAAAGUACUACGCCGGUGUCGAGUAAAAAACCCACUGAAAAACCUGAAGCCAGAAAAUCCGUAGGAGUAAUUCGAAGCAAACCCACCACGGUCUCGUCUCCACGAACGUCAACGGCUCCUAGGGUUCCAUCAAAAACCGGACCCGCUAAAUCACCAGCUCUCGCUACUAAGACCACAACUUCGACCACGUCCGCAUCGAAACCCCUGCCCAAACCAAAGACUACGCCAAUCACUUCCAAGGCGACGGAAAAGAAGCCAUUGGCUAACGGAGACGCCAAACCGAAAACGACUUUAGCGAAAAAACCCGCAACAGAAGCUGUAGCAACGAAAACGACCGCAGCGCGACCAGCGACCGCACCCAGACCAGCGCCGGCGAAACCCGCGCCUACUUCCAGGCCAAUUACGGCGGCCCCACGUACCACAUUAUCAAAAACUGUUACAGAUAAACCGAAGACUGCGACGACGACGUUACCGGCCCCACCUAAGCCCCGAGUGAACCUAACAAGUAAAACCAGCACUACGGCUGCCGCUAAGAGUUCUUCGGUUACCCUUAAGAGUUCUACUAGAACCACCACCGCCACGACAACAUCUAGUACAGCUGCGGGGAAACCGGCGACAGCUCCAGCGAAGCCCAGGACGGUCAGCAGUGCGCCGCCUAAGCCCAGGGUGCCCCUUACCAAAACCGUAACGAAAAGUGCGGAUUUAGAGAAGGAGAAGAAGGAGAGCGCCAACAAGUUGACCGCAAGCCAGACCUCUACGGUGGCGAAAUCCAGUUCUGUGACGCAUACGAGUAGGACGACCACUAGUACCGUUAGGAAGACGGAAACAAAGGUUAUGUCAGACCGAACACUAGCGUCCAGGACAUCAACAUCAAGAACGACCACGGGGGCCAAGAAACCGGGCGAAACCGCAAAAACCGCUACCAGCCAGAACUCCAAAGUAAAAACCACCAAAGUGGAAAAACCGAAACAAAACGGAAUCGCGCCCGCCGCCGUAACCGAGGAAAUCAAAGAAACAGAAAUCACGAUCGUCAAUAAUGUGACAUCGAACGCGACGCCGCCAGAAUCGGAAACUUUAUUAAAAGACAACUCCCCCAUAGAUAACAAACUAAUCGAAAUUAGUAAUACGUUAAUAGACUGAACAACUAUCAAAAAAAAAAAAAAAAACAUUUUCUGUUAUACAACUAACAAUUUUUUUUUAUAUAAUUCUACAUAUAAGAAAAUAACUAUUAUAUUGAGAUCCUACUUUACAAUUUUUUUUAUAUAACUUACCCUUUAACUGUGUUUAUAGAGCUGUGUUAAUUUUUAAAGGCGAGAGUUGUCGAUUGUCUGUAAAAUUGUAUUUGUUAAGGUUAACUUAUUAACUGGUGGGUCGGUCGGUCGGUGGUUAGGACUGUUGGUUUUUAUUGGCAUGAUAUGGUGUUUUAUUGAUAUAAAGAUAACGUUUCCUCGGCGUUUAACUGCUUGUUUUUUUAGCUUGUUAGGAAAACUUGAGACAUUAAAUGAUCUGUUAAGAAAAAAAUUAGCCUACUAGGGGAGGUUAUUUAUGCUGACGCGAUCUCAGUGUAUUGGGAAAGAAAUGUUUAGUGUGAAAGUUCUCAGGAGAGAAUGCUGAAGUCUAUGGUUGUUUUUUUUUGUAAAAGUUGAAUGAAAAGUGUUUUUUUUUUAAAUGCUGUUAUAACCAUUCAAAGUCUUCGCCAUGUAAAAUCAAGUAAGGUACAUGAAGUCUUCUUACAUAUAAUUUUAAAUUAAUCAAUUUUUCAAUUUACGCAUUUUUAUCCGAAAUGUUAUUUUAUGCAGUGUUCUACAAUUUUCAAUAAAAAAAUUAAUUUUCAAAGUAGAAUAAAAUAUUUUGGACAAAAAUCCCCAAGACAAACUAAUAAAAUUGUAAGGUAAGUUAAACACUUACUCAUUAAUACAAUAACUAACGAGUUGUUAUGCCCUGUUUCGAACAUAAUGAUCUUCAGACUUUGAGAGUUUAAAAACGUUGUUGCUAAAGUAGAAAAGUGCUAAAAGUAGAAGUUAGAAUUGCUUCACCUAAAAUUAAAGCAGCAACAUAUAUAGACAAAUAGUCCAAUGGUAUAUAUAGAGGGUUUUACAUUUAAUUAAGUUAAAUCAUCUUAGACUUAUGAGCUUGGACCUUAGCGUGGUAAUAACUUUAUUUAAUAAUACCUUUAGAUUUCUCACUUUCUUUAUUCAAUUUCUUUCUUGUUCUUUGUUUUUCCUGUAUUGGUUUUUUUUUACUUGAAACUGAGGCUGCUGAUAGAUGAUAAAUUCCAAUUGCCUGAAAGGAAUUAUUAGAUUAAUAAUAUUCAAUUAUUGAGUGGAAACUUGCUGGUUUCAGGCAACGCAUCACUAUCAAACCUUGCAGAAAUAGACUUCUUAUGCUCCUUAGUUUCCCUUUAAUUAGGAUUUUCUUAAAUAUUUUUUGGCUUUUUCAGUUUUCUUAUUCGAUUACCUUCUUGCGCCUUUAUUAUUAGUUUUUCCUGUUGUGUUUUUUUUUACUUGGAACUGAAAGUGAAUAGAAAUUCCAAUUGCCUGGAAGAAAUUCUUAAAAUAUUAGGAGUAAAUAAAUGUUCAAUUAAUGCCAUUAUCGUCCGUGGAACCCAUCACUACCAAACUCCACGAAAAUGGGCUUUUUAUACGCUUUAGUUUUUCUUUAAUUUGCGUUUUCUUAAAUAUUUUUCUCAGUUUUCUUAAUCAAAUGCCCUUGUUGUUUUUCAUUAUUAGUUUUUGCUGUAAUGUUGUUUUUAACAAUUUUUGAGCAACAACGUAUAUAAACUCUUAUUCUGAAUGCUUUAUAAGAGUAGUGGUUAAUUUUAUGUUUUCAUUAGAUUUCCAGCUGCAUAGUGUAUAAUAAAAAAUAAAAGAGUGCUCAGUGCUAUCAUCCUGGUAACCGAAAAAAAAAAACAUUUUUCUUUGAAGUGACACUAAAAUCCUGCAAAAUGGGGUAAAAAAUUUGACUAGUUAGAACUUUUGAUUCUAUGGAUACAUUCUCCCCAAAAAUUGCAUUUAAACAAGGUAAAUGUCAAUAAAAAGGCGCGAAAACUGCUGCUAAAAACAGAAAAAACAUUUUGGAUUUCCUUUAUGAAAAUGGAACACAAAGAGGUUAGAUUUCCUCUCAAACCUCCAUAUGGCCUAAAAAAAAUCAUUUUUAGCCUGAUUACUAUUAAAAAGUAAUAACUCUUCUUAGAUAAGGGUCUUUUUGGCUUAGCAGAUCAUAAAAAGUGCAGUAAACCUAUGCUUAAUAUUUUCGUAGUAUUAAUACGUAGGUAAGGACUAGAUGUAGAUAGAUAACUCGCACUUAACUCUCUUGCAAUAUAAUCAAUCACCUUUAAUGCAAUAAAACUUUAUAUCAAUAAAUCAGACUAUUGGUUGAUCUAUAAUAAUUAUGGUACUUAUUAGUUAUUUAACUGCAUGUUGUAGUCCUAAUGACUCCUUCUUUUUUUUUUUUGGUAAGGAUAUUUUAACAUUUUUAUACAUUUUAUUAUAUUUGGUACGUGGUAGUUUGCAGAUAUUCAUUGCUAUAAUUAUUACUAAGUUUUGCUGAGGGGCUCUGAUGUAUCGCUGAGCCUUUUUUUACCAGAAAAUCAAAUAAAUCGUCUCUGGCCUGAAAUAUUUAUUCAGCAAAAAAAAUAAAAAAAAAAGUCAGAAAAAAACAAUUUAUUAUUUAAUCCUAAGUUAAGCUUUUGUACUGCUUAGGUGUGCUGACACUGAUGUGAUUUGCUAUGCACUCUUAUGUAUAUAUAUUAUAUUAUUCUAAAAGUUAUAUUGGUAAAUUUUUUAUAACUGGGUGCUAAAGUUGUAUUGGCAUAGAAUAAACACGCAUUACGAACAACUUGUUAAAAACCGUUUAUGUUGUAUACUGGGCUUUCAUGAACGUCUUGUAUCAUUUACUAUGUAGCAUCUUUAUUACCGAUUUAUUAUUAUUAUUUACUUCACCUACUUUUUUUUACUUAAGAUUUUGUUUUAUGUUAAAAUUUUAUUAAUGUGUUUGUCCUUAGUUUGCUAUUUUAUUUAUUACUGUGAAUUAUUAUUUCAGCACAAAAUAAAAAUAUCCCGAGAAGUA